AACUUCGAAUUAAAUUUAAUUGAACGUAUAUAUUUGUAUAUUAUUUUAUAUUUUACGGAGUAUGCGCAAUAUUUAUUAAGUCUAAAAAGAAAAAAGAAAAGGAAAAAAAGAGAAAGAAAAAACUGAAACUGUAUAUGCUAGCUAUAAUUUUUAGACCAAUUAACACAUCGUUGACCAGUCAUAUUGCAUGGUAUAUAAAAUUGUAUAAAUUGUUAUUAUAAUAUCGUUUGUCUUGUUGUAAAUAAUGUUUACUCAAUUUUUAUAUUAUAUACACGUAUUAAGAAUUUUUCGGAACUUUAAAUAUUUCAAUAAAGAAUUUUAAUUCACUAUUAUGAAUUUAAGCCGAUACGAAAUGCAUUAAUUUUUGUAUGUAAUAAAAUCGGUCAACGUGUGUGCGUGCGCGCGUGUGUUUGUAUGUGUUUUUUAUUUUUCUUUUUCAACACACGAUUUCUGCUAAAAAUCGAAAAGGCGAAUUAUAUGUAAAGCUUUAUUUGAAAUCUGUAAAAGCGAAUUUAUCGAUACAUACAAUAACGUGCAUAUAUAUAUAUAUAAAAAAAAGUUUGAUUCAACGAAAGAGAUUCCUUCUUGCGUCCUUAUCUUGAACGAACCGAUCGAUCGAGAUUGUUGUAACUCGACUUUAAAUGGGGACAUUGUAAGUGAUAUGAAUCAUUAAAAUAAAAAAUUUACGAUUAUGGUAAAACGAAUGAGUAUCGUUAUAAAGAGUUAUUCGCGUGACCGUUCUCUUUUUACACGCAAAUAUAAAAUUAUUUACCUAAUAUUUAUAUCUCCUUUCGUUUUAAAGUAAUUAUAGUAUAUAUACAUAUAUGUAUAAUAAAAAGCCGACAAGAGAUUAUUCAAAUUCAGUUUAACGAAGCAAUUCAAUAGCGAAGAAGUUCGGUUAUCCGUACAAUUAAGAGAAAAUAUUAAUUUCCAAGUAAUCAUGAAGACGUUUAAAAUUAAAAAUUCGAUCAGAAGAAGAUGGAAAUUCUUUGGAAAUUUUCAUACAUUGAAAAGUUUAAGAAAUUUCUCCGUUAUUAAAAAUACAAUUGUCGAUUCGUUUCUCGAAAGCAUUAAUGCAAAUUAUACGAACUAUAGACGCUUUUAUCAACAUCCAAUAGAGAAGUAUAAAUCAUUGAAAUUAUAUUGCACGUAAAUUCGAGUGAAUUUUGUUUUUUUUUUUUCUUUUUUUUUCCAUUACCAUACAUUUUCUUUUCCAUUAUCAAUCGUAAAAAUUUAUCUUACUAAUAUUGAAAAAAAAUAUUUACGUUUCAUAGAAUCGUCUGGUUAAUUGUUUAUAUAAUAAUAAUAAUCAGCAUGUCUUUUAUAAUAUACGACAUGACCUUGGAAUAUCGAGAUAGCCCAACAGCAAUUACCAUUGAAUCCGAUAAAUAUCCGAUACAAGAAAUUAAUUAUCCGGCUAUAUCUAUUUGUAGUAUCAAUAAAAUUAGUUUAUCGUAUGCUAUAGAUCUUGCGAAAGAACUGUACGUAUUAGAUUAUAGUCAUAUAAUUGCUCGUAUAAUUGUAUAUAAAUUAUUUCAUUGUACAUAUUAUCAUAGUUUGGAUUUUAAAACUAUAAAAUAUAAGUUUAAUUUGACGGUCGAAGAAUUAACAAGUAUGAUAACUAUCUUGGGUAAUUUUUAUCAUUUCGAUAUCUACGAGGAUGACUUAAGAAGAGUAUAUUUGUUGCAUAGUAUACUUGAACGUGUAUACAAUGGUUACAAUGUUGAGAGAAUAAUGAAAAGGCUAUUACCAAAAUGUAGAUCAUUUGUAUGGCAGUGUUCUUGGAACGGUAAGGAUCAAGAUUGUAAUGAAAUAUUUUUUUUAAAAAAAACGAGCGACGGCUAUUGUUGUACAUUUAAUUCCGCACGACGCUUUAAUGAUUUCGGCGACACAGAUUCUUUUACAUUUGCCUCACAAACGGUAGAACGUUCAAAGGAAACUGGUUCAGAAUAUGGAUUAUCUGUUUUAUUAAAUCCUCAAUUAUACGAUUAUGCUUAUAAAUUACUUCCAAUAAUAGGUUUGAAGAUAUUAAUAUAUUCAUCUUUUGAUUAUCCCAAUACACUUAAUGGUGGAGUACGUGAGAUCUUUGUUCCACCAAAAGUAGAAAUGUUUUUGAACUUGAACGCAAUUAAUUUUUAUUCAUUGCCAGACGUUAUAGAUUAUGAUAUCGAUCAAAGGGAUUGUUUAUUUAGCACGGAACAAGCAAAAAUAUUCGGAGGAUAUUAUUCCUAUACGAAUUGUAUAUCCCAUUGUCGUACACAAGAUAUUAUAUCCUUUUGUAAAUGCAUUCCUUUCUUUUAUCCUAUCACUUCGGAUAUGGCUAACGUAAGGAAUUGUAAUCUCAAAGACCUCCUAUGUUUGAAGAAGUAUAAAGACAGAUGGUUAAAUCUGGAACCUAGAUAUGAAAAAUUCAUGGAAUCAUUUCACGAAAGAAAACUUCCAAAUGGAUCAUGCUGUAUAAAAUGCGAUUGUCUUCCAUCUUGCGAGGACAUUACCUAUACCGUAUCUAUCAGCGAUAUUCCAUUAAAUAUUCCAUAUUUAUCUUGGAAUAGGAAAAAAACUCGUAUGAAUAAUCACAGCUUAGUACAUAUUUAUUUUGGAUCUUCUGGUACAACAAGAAUAAAACAAGAUAUGUUCUUGUAUUGGUAUGAACUCAUGAGUAAUUAUGGAGGAAUCUGUAGUUUAUUUUUGGGCAUUAGUAUAAUAAGUUUAAUCGAAAUGCUUUACUUUUUUAUUAUACGUCUUAUCAAAUCAGAACCAUCAUCAUUAAUGACAGCUAAUUCAGGGAAUAAUGUUAACGUUAAAACAAUUAUUAUCGAGCCUAAAGAAUCAGAUAUGGCGAUUUUAUAUUGGAAAGAAAUAAGCGGAGCAGUUUCUAAGGAUAUCGAUCUAACGGCUUUAUCAUUGGAUCGAUAAAUUUAACAAACGUUUGAAUUGACGUUUAAUAUCGAUCUUCAAAAUCAACGUGAUGUAUGAAGAUAGUGCAUAGGCAUUAUGUUUCACUUCAAAGGGAUACUUUAAUUAAAGAUCUAAUCUAAAUGGGAUCAUAUUUUUAGAUUCUAUAAAAAACAUAAAUGCAUUGAUCUUUCAAUAUUUGCCUUUUCAAUUAUGUAAUUAACGAUCAUUAUGUUCUUCAAUAUAGAAAUAAAAUAUUGUUUUCAAAUUUACAACAGACUUAGAAUUAUUGCUGAUAGCACGUAAUAAGUAUCGUUAGAGUAUAGCGCUUGUGCUUGCGAAAUAAUUUUUCUUUGCAAUCAAAUAAAUUGUUUUAAAUUAAAUUAAAUUAAAUUAUUGAAAUACGAUAAAUAUAAUGUUUAAUUAGAAUUAGAAAGAAAAGAUUUUGAAAAAGUAUUGAUAUGAAUAUGCACCUAUUCGCUCGAUAAUAUUUGCGUUAUAUAAUUUCAAUUAAGAUUCUGAUAUAUCGAUCCAGGUCUCACCACAUGGAGGUUUGCCGCAUCUGGAGAUCCACGGACUAAUGGUUACUCUAUUUUAAAAUCCCCGUUAACGAGAUAAUCUAAUCGAAGUUUCGAGUAAAUAAAACGAACUGUAGGAUUUUUAAUCGCACCCAUGAAAUUUUUUCUCCUGUAUCAUCCUGUAUGAUGCAGUUUGAUAAAUACAAUUUGAAAAAAUUGGAAAAAUUUUUAAUUUAUCAUGCGUUUCCAUCUUCUUAAUAUUCAAACGAAUGUACUAUUGUUUAAUUAUUACUUCAACGUAUUCC